GACUGCAGACACAGUACAGGAGAUGACCGGAGACUGCGGACACAGUACAGGAGAUGACCGGAGACUGCAGACAGUACAGGAGAUGACCAGAGACUGCGGACACAGUACAGGAGAUGACCAGAGACUGCGGACACAGUACAGGAGAUCACCAGAGACUGCGAACACAGUACAGAAGAUGACCAGAGACUGCGGACACAGUACAGGAGAUGACCAGAGACUGCGGACAUAGUACAGGAGAUGACCAGAGACUGCGGACACAGUACAGGAGAUGACCAGAGACUGCGGACACAGUACAGGAGAUGACCGGAGACUGCGGACACAGUACAGGAGAUGACCGGAG